GAGAGGAGAGGGCAAGAGCGAAAUACAAAUCGAAUCAAUCAGUCUUUUUUCACCGGUGAAAGUCUGUGCAGCAUAUAUCAUGGCGGCGGCCGGCGGAGGAACGGUGAAGGAGGUCAAAUCGAAGACCGAACUCGACAAUAUCGUCGCUGAGGGCGCUCCCGCAGUUCUUCACUUCUGGGCGUCGUGGUGCGAGGCAUCCAAGCACAUGGAUCAAGUCUUCUCGCAUCUCUCCACCGAUUUCCCUCUCGCUCGCUUCCUAAGAGUGGAAGCUGAAGAACAACCUGAGAUUUCUGAAGCGCACUCAGUUUCUGCUGUACCGUUCUUUGUAUUUUUUAAGGAUGGCAAGGCGGUUGAUACAUUGGAAGGUGCUGAUCCAUCUAGUCUGGCCAACAAGGUUGCCAAAGUUGCAGGAUCUAUUAGGCCUGGGGAUUCUGCAGCUCCUGCUAGCCUUGGGAUGGCUGCAGGGCCCACUAUACUUGAAACUGUCCAGGAGCUUGCUAAAGAAAAUGGUGCAUCACACCAUAUUAAACAACCUUCUCCUGGUAUGGACGAAACUCUGAAGAAGAGGCUCCAGCAGCUUAUUAGUUCUCACCCAGUCAUGCUCUUCAUGAAAGGGAAUCCAGAGUCCCCCAAGUGUGGAUUUAGUCAAAAACUAGUUGAUAUCUUGAAGAAAGAAAAUGUUGAAUUUGGAAGCUUUGAUAUUUUAACAGAUAAUGAAGUUCGUGAGGGAUUGAAGAAAUUUUCAAACUGGCCGACAUAUCCUCAGCUUUAUUGCAAGGGAGAACUGCUUGGUGGUUCUGACAUUGCAAUUGCUAUGCAUGAAAAUGGAGAACUUGGUCAGGUUUUCAAAGAUCACGAUAUUGAAAUAAUUGAUUCAGCUACAGGAAAAGCAGAACCAAAUGGAGGGAAGGGAGGCAUUUCUGGUUCCUCAGGCUUGAAUACUGCUACUAGUGAUCGUUUGAAAGGCAUCAUUAAUUCAAGUCCUGUUGUGUUGUUUAUGAAGGGAACACCUGAUGAGCCACGAUGUGGUUUCAGUCGCAAAGUUGUUGAUAUCCUCAGACAGGAGAAUGUCAAAUUUGCAAGUUUUGACAUUCUUACAGAUGAUGAAGUUCGUCAAGGGCUGAAGGUGUAUUCAAAUUGGUCGAGCUAUCCUCAGCUCUACAUAAAAGAAGAGCUUAUCGGUGGAUCAGAUAUCGUGCUGGAAAUGCAAAAGAGUGGAGAGCUCAAGAAGGUUCUAGCUGAGAAAGGAAUUGCAUCUGGUGCAACUCUUGAGGAUCGCUUGAAACAGUUGAUAAGCUCUUCUCCUGUGAUGCUUUUCAUGAAGGGCACACCAGAUGCUCCCAAAUGUGGUUUCAGCUCUAAGGUUGUUAAUGCCUUGAAGGAAGCGGGUCUGGAAUUUGGUUCUUUUGACAUUCUGACUGACGAGGAGGUGAGGCAAGGAUUGAAGACAUUCUCAAACUGGCCAACUUUUCCACAGCUGUAUUAUAAAGGAGAACUAAUCGGAGGCUGUGAUAUCGUGCUGGAGCUCCACAGUAAUGGCGAACUUAAGAGUACCCUGUCUGAGUAAAUUCUUGGCCGAUUUGCAUAUCGACUUUAUAUAUUGUCCUUGAUCUAAAUCUGCGGUACUUGUGUGAUGUUUUAAGAAAUGGUCAUGUUCUGGACCUGUAGUUUCUUUUACUAUUUCCUACUCUAUUAAGUACUUUAUAUACAUUAAAA